GACGCCGCACUCUACGGUCGGUCGUUGACGGAUCCGGAGUGCUAGUUCACUUGCUCCGAUCGGUGUGGUCGGCGUGAAUUUAUUCUCCUGUGAAAUCACGACAGUGUCGUCGGUGAAAAUCAGUGCGCUCAGAGAAGUCGGGAUCAGGAUGUGGCGAGAACCACCAGGAGGUGGGUGCAAGAAAUCCACCCACAUUACCGCGAUGUUCCUCUUGGCUGCUGUCUUGGCAUUGGCAAACGUUGUUGUGGCUGAAGAUGAAUCAAUGGGACCGGUAUUUGUGAAGGAACCACCAAACCGAGUCGAUUUCUCAAACGGAACCGGAGCUGUCGUUGAAUGCCAGGCGAGAGGAAAUCCUCAACCGGAUAUCAUUUGGGUUCGUGCUGACGGAACUGCUGUAGGAGAUGUUCCCGGAUUGAGACAGGUUCUACCGAAUGGAAAUUUGGUGUUCCCUCCUUUCCGCGCUGAGGAUUACCGUCAGGAAGUUCACGCUCAGGUCUACAGCUGCUUGGCACGUUCCCCUGCAGGUUCGGUACACAGCCGUGAUGUCAACGUGAGAGCCGUCGUCACUCAGCCUUACAAUCCAGAAAUCUUGACCGAAUACGUAAUAAGAGGAAACAGCGCGAUCUUAAAAUGCAGCAUUCCCAGCUAUAUCGCAGAAUUCGUUACUGUCGAGGCGUGGAUUCGCGAAGACGAAGAGGUCUACCUGCCGGAAGAUCCUGCUGUCGGGCAGGAUGGGAAAUACUUGGUGCUGCCGUCUGGAGAACUGCACAUCAGAGACGUCGGACCCGAAGAUGGAUACAAGACUUACCAGUGCCGCACGAAGCACAGGCUCACAGGUGAAACUAGGCUGUCCGCCACGAAGGGACGUCUCGUCAUAACCGAACCGUCCGGUCGUACUGCCCCAAAGGGGACUGGCGACGGUCUUAAUAAGUACCGCGGGGUAGAGGGCGAGUCUCUGGCGCUGGCGUGUGCGGCACAAGGCUUUCCUGCCCCGAUAACUAGAUGGUACAAGUACAUCGAAGGCACGACUAGGCGCCAGCCCAUCCAGCUCGAUGACCGUGUACGUCAGGUUAGCGGCACUCUGAUCAUUCGCGAGGCGCGAGUCGAGGAUUCCGGCAAAUACCUCUGCAUCGUCAACAAUUCCGUCGGCGGCGAGAGCGUGGAGACUGUUUUGACCGUCACGGCGCCGUUGACCGCAGAAAUCGAGCCGAGCACCCAGACCAUCGACUUUGGUAGACCCGCGACCUUCACCUGCGCUGUUCAAGGCAACCCGAUCAAGACCAUCUCCUGGCUGAAGGAUGGCAAGCCCCUGGGACUGGAAGACCGCGUGCUGAGAAUCGAGAGCGUGAAGAAGGAGGACAAGGGAAUGUAUCAAUGCUUCGUUAGAAAUGAUCAGGAAAGCGCACAAGCAACCGCUGAGCUGAAACUUGGUGGAAGAUUCGAGCCCCCGCAGAUUCGUCAAGCCUUCGUCGAAGAGACCCUCCAGCCUGGACCGAGCAUGUUUUUGAAGUGUGUCGCCAGCGGAAACCCCACCCCUGAGAUCACCUGGGAACUCGAUGGAAAACGGCUGUCAAACACUGAUAGACUGCAAGUAGGACAAUAUGUCACGGUCAACGGCGAUGUCGUGUCGCAUCUGAAUAUUUCGAGCAUUCACAACAACGAUGGUGGACUCUACAAAUGCAUCGCUGCGUCAAAGGUUGGAUCUGCCGAGCACUCUGCGCGCCUCAACGUCUAUGGUUUGCCGUUCAUUCGCCACAUGGACAAGAAGGCUAUCGUUGCUGGAGAAACUCUGCGCGUCACCUGCCCUGUCGGUGGAUACCCGAUCGAGAGCAUCGUCUGGGAACGAGACACCAGGGUCUUACCGAUCAACAGAAAGCAAAAGGUCUUCCCCAACGGCACACUCAUCAUCGAGAACGUUGAACGAAUGAGCGACCAGGCGACCUAUACCUGCGUAGCGCGCAACGCACAGGGUUACAGCGCACGUGGAACACUGGAAGUUCAAGUCAUGGUUGCCCCGGAGAUCGCGCCCUUCGUGCUCAGUGAGAAGCCGGCGAAUUGGGGAGAGACGGUGACCGCAACGUGCACGGUUUUGAAGGGGGAUCAGCCGAUACUGAUCGAAUGGGCGCUCAACGGCGAGUCGAUCUCGCACGAUUUUUCCGAUAUAACGAUCGCCACCAGCAAGCGCGUCAGCCUGCUCACGAUCGACGCUGUUACGGCUAGCCACGCCGGAGAGUACACUUGCGUGGCCAGUAACGCCGCCGGUGGGACGAGUUAUUCCGCUUCCUUAGCCGUCAAUGUUGCUCCGCAGAUCUUCCCGUUCACGUUCGGCGACGAGCCGGUGAACUCGGGCGAGGCGAUCUCUGCGACUUGCUCCAUUCUGAAGGGGGACUUCCCGAUGGACAUUGCCUGGGCGUUCGACGGCGUGCCGAUCUCCGCCGAAAGUACCGAUCAGUUCUCUAUCACGAAGGGCAAGCGUCUGAGCGUGCUGUCGAUCGAUGCGGUCGCGGCCCGACACGCCGGCGAGUACACUUGCACCGCGUCGAACAAAGCCGGGGCCUCCAGCCAUACGGCCGCUUUAGCCGUCAACGUGCCGCCUCGUUGGAUUCUGGAACCCACCGAUAAAGCAUUUGCUCAGGGAUCUGACGCACAAGUUGAAUGCAAAGCCGACGGAUUCCCUAAGCCUCAGGUCACGUGGAAGAGAGCCGCUGGGGAUAUGCCGGGAGAUUACACUGACUUGAAACUGAGCAAUCCUGAUAUUAGCGUAGAAGAUGGCACUCUCUCUAUUAAUAACAUCCAGAAGACGAACGAAGGCUACUAUCUUUGCGAGGCUGUCAACGGCAUUGGAUCCGGCCUGUCCGCUGUCAUUCUCAUCUCGGUUCAAGCUCCUCCUCAAUUUGACAUCAAACUGAGAAACCAGACCGCACGCCGUGGCGAACCAGCUGUUCUGCAAUGCGAGGCGCAGGGAGAGAAACCAAUUGGUAUCCUGUGGAACAUGAACAACAAGAGGCUGGACACGAAGAGCGACCCUCGUUACACCAUCCGCGAAGAAAUCUUGUCCAAUGGAGUACUGUCUGACCUGAGCAUCAAACGAACCGAGAGGAGCGACUCUGCCUUGUUCACCUGCGUAGCCACGAAUGCCUUCGGUAGCGAUGACACCAGCAUCAACAUGAUCGUACAAGAGGUGCCGGAAGUCCCGUAUGGUCUCAAGGUCUUGGAUAAGUCCGGUCGUUCAGUGCAAUUGUCAUGGGCCGCACCUUAUGACGGAAACAGCCCCAUCAAGCGAUAUGUCAUUGAGUACAAGAUCAGCAAGGGUUCCUGGGAAACUGACAUCGACAGAGUGCUCGUACCUGGUUCACAGCAGAACGUAGCUGGAGUGUUCAACCUGAGGCCCGCAACCACCUAUCACCUUCGCAUCGUCGCUGAGAAUGAAAUUGGCACGUCUGAUCCAUCCGACACUGUUACCAUCAUCACUGCUGAGGAAGUACCCAGUGGCCCGCCAGUCUCUGUCAGAGUAGAAGCUCUCGAUCAGCACACUCUCAAGGUAAUAUGGAAAGCGCCGCCACGUGAGGACUGGAACGGUGAGAUUCGCGGAUACUACGUUGGACACAGACAAUCGUCGGACAAGCCUUACAUGUUUGAGACCGUUGAGUUCGCCAAGGAAGACGGAAAGGAACACCAUUUGCAGAUAAUGAACCUCAAGACCUACACUCAGUACAGCGUAGUGAUUCAGGCGUUCAACAAGGUCGGUGCCGGACCCUUGAGCGAGGAAAGCAAGCAGCACACCGCGGAAGGCGUACCCGAACAACCACCUCACGACACCACCUGCACGACCCUAACCUCUCAGACUAUUCGAGUAUCUUGGAUGUCACCACCCUUGAGCGCGGCCAACGGCGUUAUCACCGGCUACAAAGUCAUUUACGGACCAUCCGACACGUGGUAUGACGAGAACACGAAGGACACCAAGAUCACGUCUUCGAGCGAGACCAUUCUGCACGGCCUGAAGAAGUACACGAAUUACAGCAUGCAAGUCUUGGCUUUCACUUCCGGCGGAGAUGGCGUCAAGUCUGCACCGAUCCAUUGCCAAACCGAACAAGACGCACCCGAAGCUCCGAUCGCCAUUAAAGCUCUGGUUAUGUCCGCUGAAUCUAUUCUCAUCUCAUGGCGCCCGCCCAGCCAACCUAACGGAGUUAUCUCUCAAUAUACCGUUUACACAAAGGCAGACAACGCUGAGGAAUCUACUAGCCAGAAAGUACCGCCGAAUCAACUUACUCAUGAAGCAUCUGGAUUGGACAAGCAACGCAGAUAUGAAUUCUGGGUGACCGCUAGCACUAACAUUGGCGAAGGUGAAGCUUCUAAGAUUGUGACAUUGGGACCAAGCGUUCGAGUACCGGCCAAGAUUGCAUCAUUUGACGACAAGUUCACCGCGACGUACAAAGAGGACGUAAAACUGCCUUGCCUCACCGUCGGAGUACCGGCACCGGAAGUGACAUGGAAGGUACGAGGCGCCGUUCUCCAACCCAGCGACCGACUGAGACAAUUGCCCGAAGGAUCCCUGUUCAUCAAGGAAGUCGAUCGUGCGGACGCUGGAGAAUAUUCUUGCUAUGUUGAAAAUUCCUUCGGCCACGACACCGUGACUCAUCAACUGGUCGUGCACGCCCCACCGCACUCACCGCAGGUCACCCUCACCGCCACCACCACCAACUCCUUGACGAUGAAAUUGCGCCCUCAUCCUACCGACAACGCACCGAUCCACGGCUACACGAUCCACUACAAACCCGAGUUCGGCGAUUGGGAAACUGCUCAGAUCGGCUCCACGGUGCAGAAGUAUACUCUCGAGAACUUGUGGUGUGGCUCCCGAUAUCAAAUCUACGUGACGGCUUACAACGGAAUCGGAACCGGCGAUCCCUCAGACAUACUGAACACCCGCACGAAAGGCUCCAAACCGAUUAUUCCCGAAGCAGGCAGAUUCAUCGAAGUAUCCACGAACAGCAUCACUCUGCACUUGAGCGCCUGGUCUGACGGCGGCUGCCCCAUGUUGUAUUUCGUCGUAGAGCACAAGAAGAAGCAUCAGCAAGAGUGGAACCAGGUGUCGAACAAUGUCAAGCCAGGCGGUAACUUCGUGGUAUUGGAUUUGGAUCCUGCGAGCUGGUAUCAUUUGCGCGUCACGGCACACAACAACGCCGGCUUCGCCGUAGCCGAGUACGAAUUCGCGACGUUGACGGUGACUGGCGGCACGAUCGCACCUCCCGUACGUAACGGCGGUAACGACAACACGGACGUGAGGCGUUACUUCCCGUGGUUACCCAGCUGGCUCGACGUAAACGUGGUGGUGCCGGUCGGCGCAACGGUCGUUGUCAUAAUAGUAGGAAUAGUUGUCAUUUGCGUCGCGCUCUCGAGGAGAACUCGAGGCCCGGAACAAACACGGCUGCGAGGUAUCUCUUCAGCCGACGAGAAAUAUUACGAGGGACAAUACGACGUAGUCUAUCAACAAACCGGAGUCGGUGGAGCCACGCUGGAUAAACGCAGGUCCGACCUUCGUGACGAAUUGGGAUACAUUGCGCCGCCUAACCGCAAGCUGCCACCUGUACCCGGCUCCAACUACAAUACCUGCGAUCGCAUCAAGCGAGGUGGCACUGGCUCGUUAAGGAGUCACUCGACGUGGGAUCCCAGGCGGCACAUGUAUGAGGAAUUGAGUCACUACGCGCCCAACAGGAGAUGUCCGCCGCCACCACGUAUGGGCAGUGCAGACGGUCUCUCGCACAGAGGUAUGGAGGAUGAGAUCUGCCCGUACGCUACCUUCCAUCUUUUGGGAUUCCGUGAGGAAAUGGACCCGAGCAAGGCUAUGCAGUUCCAGACCUUUCCCCAUCCCGGAAACGGCCACUCUGGCACCAUGGGACCACCUGUAGGACAUCCGACUAACGCCUCCGCCCAUAGCCGAUCUGGAUCUCAAUCUAUGCCUCGUCAAAACGGCCGCUACUCCCGAGUGCCGUCCCAAGGAGGUGGCAGUGGUACCCACAACGUCUUCUCGCCCGAAUACGAUGACCCGGCCAAUUGCGCUCCCGAGGAAGAUCAAUACGGAUCACAAUAUGGACAAUACGGCGCACCCUAUGACCAUUACGGAUCUCGCGGCUCAGUCGGACGUCGCAGCGUAGGCUCGGCUCGCAACAUUCCCGUUUCAGGCUCUCCGGAACCGCCACCACCGCCGCCGAGGAACCACGACCAGAACAAUUCCAGCUUCAACGACAGCAAAGAGAGCAACGAGAUCAGCGAGGCCGAGUGCGACCGUGAUCAGCUUGUCAACCGCAACUACGGCGUGAAUGCUCGCAGCAAGGACGGCAUGACCACCGAGGAGAUGCGUAAACUCAUAGAGAGGAAGCCAAACGAAGCUCCCAGCCGGCAAGCCGGCGGCCCCCACGGCGGUCACGGGGGACUCCUCACACCCUACGAUACUGUGGCAGUGUAACCUGUAAAUCAUCUUCCGUGGUCUUCCGCCUCUCUCGAUAGCCGGCGGCCGUGAGGAAAACCGAGAGACGCGGAAAUGAAGCGCACGCUAACUCUUCCCCCGGUGCUGUCGUCGGUCCAAUUUGCAACGAUUUACGAUAGAAACUAGAAAACGUCGUCGCGAGUAGAUAGAUUCGAUUACCACGUAAGGUGUACGCGCGUUGAUAUCAUCUCGAGAUCGUGAUUGCAAACGAGAAUUCGUGGUCCACCUCGCGAAAUGGGACCGCCUUCUUCGCCCUCUGACCAUAUCGUUCGAUUCUGCUCCCCCUGUCACUCUCUCUCUCACUCGCUCUCUCUCUCUCUCUCUCUCUCUCUCUCUCUCUCUCUCUCUCUCUCUCUCUCUCUCUCUCUCUCUCUCUCUCUCUGUCUCUCUUUCGUCCUUCGGCCUUUCCUUGCAUUUUCCUUGCGACCUUCUCGAGCAUAAUCGAUCGUUCAUUUACAUUCGGUCGUCAGAAAGGCCGGCGCCAAUUCGAAACUGCCUUGAUUUUGAUACACCUUUUCGAGCCCGUUUCACUCUCAAUUACGCACAUACUUGGGAAGGCCAGAUUAAAGACUGCCUACUUCUACUUAACUGCCCUUUCGCGAAGGAGGCACUGCGAUUCGUGAGGUCAGCCACACCUCGUUCGCAAGUCUCGCGAGUCUCGCAAUACCUCAGCACACGUUCGCUUGAAUCGCGUCAAAUUGGUCCCCGCACGGAUCGGCAAGCGAGGCUCGUCUCGUUCCGACGAAGACAACGUCUCCCUCGACGAAAUGGUCACAGUUCGUUGUACGCAACGAAGCAAAAUUCCGGCGCAGCGCAUCGAGUCACGUCGAUUUUCUCACGCUGCCGUCGCGAACGCGUACGCGGGGUUCGAGGCUCGCGACUGCCGCGCGAGGCUGUCCUGUAGGAAGGCGAACACCCGGAAGCUGUGUUCGCAGGCAUCCAGCCGCGGCAGGAACGCGGCCCGCGAUGGUGCUCUCGGCGACGGUAACGGUUCAACGGGGGUCUUCUGAUAUAUAUUCGGGAUAUAAUCCUAGGUUACGAUCGUCGCAGAAGUCGUGUAACGUAUUAAAGAAAAAAACAUAUUAACGAUAUAUAUAUAUAUAUAUAUAUAUACGUACACUCAACACACACACACACGAAACAUACACGACAUACACAUACGCACGAACACACACACACAUUACGCACAUAGGCGUACACAGUUACACACGUACAUACACGAGAUUAGUUGGUCGCUUUUUAAGUCAUGGUUGUGCCACACUGCCGCUCCUCGCGGGCGUACGAUAUAUACAUACAUGCGUACAUAUACUAUAUACAUAUACUGUACGAUUUAUAAUUUCGUAACGAAGGUUGUGUCCCCUCGUCCCUCUACACCCCCUAGACGAUCGGCAAUCUUGAGUCUCGACGUCGCGGAGAGCGCGUAGGGUACGUCGUCACUCUUCGCCUUCGGCUUCGUCGUCAUCCUUCAGCGAUUAAAAACGGGAAAAAGGAGAAAAAAAGAAACGAGCGCGCCGAUUGAUCCACUCCUCAGCAUCGCUCGCUCGGCCGGGGAGGGGGAAGUCUCGAAAUUACGCCGGAAAAACAUGCCGAUCGACUGUCCGUAGGAAGAACAACGCGGCGAGCCAUCGAGGGAACGCUUCGAUACACGGCAGGCCAGCCAGCCAUAUACAUUUACAAGCAACAUGUAACCCAGCAUGCGCGCUGGCGCGUGCACGCAAUACACGCCACAUCACACUUGCUGUCGUCCUAUAUGAUAUAAAUAUUUAGUCCGCUGUACACACCUAAUUAUCCCCCGUGCUAAUCUUCGAUUGACUACUACGACGUACCGAAUAAGAUACUCGCACUGAUAUAUAUCGCGGCGAUGAUCGUUACAAGUGUAAGCGGUUCGAGUAAUAACAAAACAAGCUGGAUUUAACUCGUAGAUAGCUCGUAAGCCGGACGGAUGGUCGCGAGAAGGCGUCGUUGGUACUUUUGCGAGACGAGCGAGAAGUCGGGACGGUCAACCGGGGGUCGUUUUCUCGAGCGCGAAUCGAAGAGACCGUUCCGCUCGGGGCGGCUGAUCUUUCCGCCGCGCCGGGCGUCGACGACCGAUCCAAUCCACGCACGAUCGAACGAACGAACGAAGCAGCAAACAGACGAAAGCGAACAAACGAAGCGGAAGCGUCCUGAAGUCAUUCGCGUAAUUCGCGUGUGCACCAGCCCGACGUCGCGCGACUCCGCGGUCACGGCGCCGCGUCUCAUAGUUCGUUUUUAUCACGAUACUAUUUCUAGAUAUACAUAUAUAUAUAUAUAAAAAUAUAAAUAUAAAUAUUAUAUAUAUAUAUAUAUUAACUAUACACAUUAUACAUAUACGUUGUAAGUAGCUAUUUCUAGGUGUCGCAUUUGUUUGCCGAGGCGAUGCACGAGCCGGCCUCCAGUUGGGUGACCGGACGAGAAAGCAUCUUUGGAAAGAAAGAGAAAUCCGCCGAACGAACGUCGGCACUUUCACUUUCGCAAACGUAUACGUUUCACUUAUGCGAGCGUUAUCGCGCGAGCGCGGACGUGCGAUAAUACAUAUUCCGUUGUAGGGUCCUUGGGUGUAACAACCCACGAGUACAGGUGAUGUCUGUAUUUUGAAUACGCUGAGCGCCGCGCGGAAUCCAUUCCGCCUCGUCAUGCAUUAUUCUUUGUUACCGUUACCAUUAACUUAAUUAAUCUAAUUUGUUAAAUUUAUGUAAUCGGCGAAUAUGAAGGCGCGCCCCGGGGGAGUACGAUAUAUUAUUGUUUGAUAUUAAUUUUCACGUUUCUCGCUGUGUCCUCCCGUGUGAAGUUAAUUUAAUUUCGACCACAUGUAAUUAGUGCCGAGCAAAUUGAUACCGUUGUUUCUUGAUAUUCGCGCAAAUUCACGUGGACGGGUGAGAUUAAAAUUAAACGCACGCGCGCGAUCGGACGAAAUUUCAAGGGUGCUUCGCUCCGCGAAUCGCCUCCGCUCCCGCAGAGGAAUUCCUACCCUCUGCAAAACCGAGACAAACUGGCCGCGGCUCGACACGCCGACGCACUUUACUCAUCGAUGUGAUUUUGAAAGGCUACGCAGAAAAGCCUCGUGUCUCGUGUAUAUGUUAUUACAAUCGCGAUCUCUUUGUCGCAAUUAACGUAGUCCCAAGUCACCGGUCCCAAGUCACCCUUGUACGACUUCUAGUAUCACUAACGUUUUACUCACUCGACUCGCCUCCUCCCCUCCCCCCCCCAUCCCUCGCCUCCUGCGAAACUUUGUCGCUUCGACUCGCUUCCGAAUCUAACCAGAGCAGCGUACGGCGCAAAGGCCAUUAAUGCGAUGAUAAUGAUGAUAUUAAUGCAUUCGUAUAUAUAAAUAUAUAUAUAUAUAUAUUAUGUAUAGUGAUGCGCGCGAUCACGUCCGCUAUUUUGACCGCGGCUCAGCUUUUGUCUUAAGCGUGCUGAACGUCCGCGACGUCGCACAGGUGAUAACGUUAUGUUGUGAGCGGCCCAGGGUGUUUUCGGCAAAAGGCUACACGUGGACCAGAGAGACAGAGAGAGAGAGAGAGAGAGAGAGAGAGAGAGAGAGAGAGAGGGAGAGAGAGAGAGGCGUGUGUACGUCUCACGACAAUCGGGCCAAGUCGAGUCUCGGCUUAACGAAUGUUCUCCGGCUGGAACAUUAUUGACAUCGAGCGCUGCAACUUAAAGACUGCGAAUUUACGUCCGUGUGUUCUUUUCUACUCGCUUCUUUGCCUCCCGACGGCUGUUUGUUUUUUACUUUCGCGUAGUGGCAUUUCACUCUUCCCCUUUGCCCUACCCCCGCUCCCCCAUUCCCCCCCCCCCCGCCAUCCCCCGCCGCCGUCACAGAACUUGAUGUAAUCUGUCAAAAACGCGUACAGCUUUUUGCCGAACGUUCCCCGAGCCCCAUCGUUAGCUCGUCCCGCGACGCGUGGUCGGCGCAUAACUGUGUGUGGUAUUCUUUGCAGGAUUCGAUGUUAUUUUUUGAGAGACGCUGCGAGAAGCGCGUUGUUCGCUCGUGUAUGCUUGAUUGAUAUAUGCGUUGAAAGCGUUUGGCUGUUCUUUCCGUACGAUAGCGAACGCGGUUCUUCGAGCUCGUGCCCUCCCUCGCCUCCUCCCGCCUGUCAGACUCGAAGCGUUUCCUUCGCGCUUUCAUGAUCCCCCCGUCCGUGUGACACACCGACGGAUCUGCGAUGCGUCGGUUUAAUGGAAAAAAAAAAAAAAAAA